UUUAUUUUAAAUUUUGCUUUUAUUUUUAUAUUUAAAUCUUCAAGGUACCUUCACCUCUUCUGCAAAAAUGCUUUAGCCCUUCUCUCUCUCUCUCUCCCCCCUUGCUUUCUUCUCUAAAAGAGCAGCAUUUUAAUGCCCCCAACAACCGCCUUUAGCUCUCCUUGCUUUCUUAAAACCUUGUAGCAAAAGGGUUUUUUCUUCCCUGUUUCUUGUUUCACAGGACAGAACCAAAAGUUCCACUUCUCUUGGAUCUGUUCUCUUUUUCACUCUCUGUUCAAAGGAUGAAUAAGCAAGAUGUCAUGAAGAUGCAGACAUGGGUUCUCAAAGUGAAUAUACAGUGUAGCUGUGAUGGGUGUAAGCAGAAAAUAAGGAAGCUGCUGCAGAAAGUUGAUGGGGUGUAUACGAUUAGUAUAAAUGCAGAUCAAGGGAAGGUGACGGUGACCGGUAAUGUUGAUCCGGCUGUACUCAUCAAGAAGCUGCUGAAAUCUGGGAAACAUGCACAGUUAUGGGGUGGGACUCAAAAGGGGGGUUCAAAUAAUUUACCCAACCAGUUCAAGAACAUGAGUAUGGAUGGUGGCAAAGGUGGGAAGGACAACAAAUCUCAAAAAGGCGGUGGCGGUGGAGUAGGCGGUGGUGGAAAUAACCAGCAGAAAGGUGGGCAGCAAUUUGCACCACAGCAUCCGCAACAUAUGCAGCAGAUGAUGAAAGGGUUUAACCCUCCCAAAGACCAGAAAGCUGUCAAGUUUCACUUGCCUGAGGAUGAUGGGAGUGAUGAUGAUUAUGAUGAUGAGUUCGAUGACGAGUUCGACGAUGAAUUCGAUGAUGAGUUUGAUGAUGAUGAUGAUGAGUUUGAUGAUGAGGAAUUUGGUCAUGGUCAUGGACAUGGUCAGAUGCAAAACAAGAUGGUGGCUAUGAUGGGAAAAGGACAUGGGGGGCCAAAUGUUAUGAUUAAUGGCCAUGCCAUGAAUGGCAAAAAAGGAGGUGGUGGGGAUAAUGGGAAGAAAGGUGGAGGUAUUGAUAUGCCCAUGGUGAUGAAAGACAUGGGGGAGAACAAAGAAGGGAAAAGAAAGGAGGAGGAGGUGAAAAGUACAAAGGGGGUAAAGGGUGAUAAACAUGGUGGAAAAAAAGGGGUAAGGAGGUGAUAAACAUGGUGGAAAAAAGGGGGUGGGGGAGGAGGUUUGCUAGGGUUUUUCAAAAAGGAUAAAAGUGGAAAAGAUUACAGCAAGAAGGGUAAAGAUGAGUGGGAUGAUUAUGGUAAAAAUAAUGGCUCUUCUCAUAAUGGAAAUGGAGGCCAUGGUGGUGGUGGUGGGAACAAUAAUGGCAGUGGAGCCAAAAAAGGUGGGGGCAGAAAUGGUGGUGGUGGGGGUCACCAUGAGAUGAUGAACAAAAUUAAAAGUGGUGGGUUUCAAGACAUUGCUAUUAAUCAUGGCAAGGGUGGCGUGGUGGAGUGCCGCUCUUGGCGGUGCCCACGGUGGCGCGGUGGAGGCAAGAAUGGGACAGAUGGGCCAAAUGGGUUUAACAUGGGCCAAAUGGGGAAUUAUCCAAUGAACCAGAUGGGUAAUUUUUGCUGCAGUACAAGGACUACCAGCACCACCACCAGCAGCACCAAUGAACAAUGGUGGUGGGUAUUAUCCAGGGAUGGGGCCUGGAAAUCCCUAUAAUCAGCCUCAAUACAUGCCUGCCAUGAUGAUGAACCAGCAGAGACCAAUGGGGGGAUGUAUCAGCCAAUGAUGUACCCUCAACCAUAUCCUCCCCAAGCAAGCUACGGCCCUCCGCCGAUGCAUCCGCCCCAUUCCGAAUCGUAUGCUCAUUACUUAAGCGAUGAAAACGCAAACAGCUGCAGUAUCAUGUAAAAUUUUCCCAGUAUUAGUAACGUUUUUUCCCCAUUGUUCUUUUUGGCUUUCUCUAGGAUGCUUUACACAAAAGCUUGCAAGGGAAAUGUUUAGUUUUACCUGUAGUAAAAUCCCCCCCCCCCAAAACCCUCUUUUUCAAGUCCCAUGGACAAUGUAGAAGAAAAUGCAGGUAAAAGUUUGAGGGGUAUAUAAUGAAUAGACAUAGUUUUACUUUUACUUUUUUCUCAAAGGUGCACCCAAAUGUAUUUCCAUGUGAAUUGUUGCUUUCAAAU